GGCGAGUAGGAACACUGCAAUUUGUCAAGUAUGCUUUACUUGUUAUGACAGUGAAGCCAAGAGGCCGAAGAUAUUGCCUUGUGGCCAUACUUUUUGCUCUCAAUGUCUGCUGAAUAUCACGGAAAGAAAUUAUGGAUCGAUCGUGUGCCCUCUCUGUAAAAGAAAGACUGUUGUGACAGACCUAUCACAGUUAACAACAAACUUUAGUAUCCUAGAUUUGACACCAGAUGAUCAACAAGAAGUUCAGCCCACAUCAAAAGCAUCGGCCAGAGCUGAGCAGAGACUUCCACUUUCUGCUGGGAUUUGUGACGAUCAUGGCCAGCACAAAUUGUUUAAGUGCAAGUCAUGUGACAAGUGGAUUUGCCAUGUUUGCACUGUCCUUGAACAUCCUUUGGAUAAAUGCAAUAUCAUCUCAGUCAAAAAGGCUUUGGAAGAGAUGAGGAACAAUAUGAAUGCACAAUUUGAGCAAAUCAUAAUGGAAUAUAACCAAACAUUCAAUCACUUAGGAGUAUACAGCAAAGAACUACAGACCUUGGAGAAGAAUUACAAAAAAAUGUCAUUGGAAAUGGGGCAUGUUAUGAGGCAAUACGAGGAGGCAGAGGAAAAAGUGGCUGGGGAACAUCUCAAGUUAGAGAAAGCACAGAAAGUAGGCUUGGCCAACCUUCAAGUUAUUAAAGACUUACAAAAUCGCAUGUCAAACCUUUCUGGUAUCCAAGAAACUGAAGACUUAAGUCAGACUGUUUCUCAAUACAAGAAAUCUGUUCAGACAUGGAUGCCAGAUAUACAGCAGAUGAGAAGUGGCCAGGACAUAUCACUUAAAUCUCAGAUGCAAAGCUUAACUAACUUCUCAAUGGAGUUGUUAAACUGGAACACCUUGAAAAAUCUGGAAUUAGAUCAGCUCCAGUCCAUUAUUGCCUCUGCCAGAGAAUCUAUCAUGUUAUCAUUGAUCACUCUUGCAAAGCCAUUUAUAUUGGUAGAGAAGGACAACCAGAACUUUUAUGCCAGUGUGAGCAUGCAAGAUAACAAUACAGCCCUAGUUGGAGAUUUGUACCCAUCCAAACCCUGUUCUUCUUCCACUACCACCAUUAUUUUCAUGGAAAUGUUGAGGAAAAUACCUGAUAUAUAUGCAGUAAAAGAAGCACAAGGGCAGCUGAAAUACUAUCACUUGAAAAAAAUUGAAAACGAGGACCGUUUCACGAUGGUGCCGAUGGAUGACUCGGUGACUCUAGAUCGCCUCCACCUCUUGAUUCCGAUGAAUACCCUAAUACAAGCUGGGGUUGUAUGGGUUAUGAUCACCAAAGAGCGCUUUGGAUAUCUGAUGAGGCAGGACGACCCAGAGUGCGGAAGAGAACCAACAGUGAAUCAUAGGUACCACCUUCAUGCCUCUGUGGAUCAUCCUCCCCCAGGCGAGUCUGUCAUUUUCAAA